GAGGAACAACUCACGGACACCAGGACGAUCGGCAAACGACGUACCGCCGGUACAUUCGCGAUGGAGGACGAGCUACGAUGUCCCAGCUGCAAGGAGUUGUUCGUGGAGCCGGUGCUGUUGCCUUGCUGGCACGCGCUAUGCCUGGCCUGUGCGGUAAAUUUGCAGGCACCGCCGGACUCGCCGCCGGAGUCCACCGCCGACUCAUCCAACGCACCAGGCUCCGAUCAGGAAGCCGACAAAUUGUCGAUCCUAUCGGAGACCGACUCCGGCGUGGUUUGCAGCAGCACGUCCACCAGCUCGCGGCCAGGCAGCUACGUCGGCACUCCGGGAAACGGUGGUUUCCCGCCGUCCGGUGGUACUCUCUGUCUCUCAUGCCCGGUCUGUCAGAAGACCGUGUACUUUGACGAGGGCGGCGCCCACAAUCUACCCAAGUACCGUGCGAUGCAGCACAUCGUCGACAAGUACCAGGAAUCGCGGAACUCACGGCUGCAGUGCCAGAUGUGCGAGGGAGAGCCGCGCGACGCGACUGUCGCGUGCGAGCAGUGCGAGGUUUUAUACUGCGACGCCUGCAGAGAGUCCUGCCAUCCGAAGAGGGGCCCAUUGGCAGCCCACAAUCUGGGACCACCGAGAGGCAGCUGGCAAUCAAGUGGAAAUAAGGGAUCUCGGCCCGAGGGCACGCCGAUCUGCAACGAUCACAAUGGUGAAGCGGUGACUCUCUACUGCGCCCUUUGCAAAAUCGCGAUAUGCGCUCUAUGUCUUCGUGAUCGUCACGCCGCACAUCCUCAUGAUGUUCUGCCGUUGGCCGCUGCUUGCAAAGCGCAAAAGACGGAGCUGUCGCAGAAUCUGCAGCAGCUAUCGGAGAGAGCCCGCUCAACAACGGAGUUCAUUCAAAGGCUCAAAGGAAUGACGGAUAAAGUACAUGAGGAAUGCGUGGCGCUUGAAGAGGAGGUUGAGGAUCGGGUGACGAACCUGGUGAGUCUUCUGCAAGCGAGAAAGUCACGGUUGAUCGAAGCCGCUCGACAGACCAGGGAGGCCAGGGUGCGGUCGUUACGAGACCAGGUGGCGAGAUGCGCCACACACCUACAGGCGACCACGGCGUUGCUAACGUUUUGCAUCGAGGCGCUGAAGGAGACCGACAGCGCGGCCUUCUUGCAAAUCGGCGGUAUGUUGGCAGUCCGAGCAGCGACGGCCGCCGGCUCCUGGGGCGGCGCCGAGGGUGUGCAGGAGAUCGCUCGUUUGCCGUUGCUCGAUCUUACCCUGGACGACAAGCCGCUGCGCCGUGCCAUCGAUCAACUCACCUUCGUCCAACUCAAACCACCCGGAGCUCCUUUACUGAUCCCCGAAGAGUGCAGCGCCGAGAACAACAGCGUCACCGUUGCCUGGCAGCCGCCUCCCGGCCACGGAAUUAUGGGCUGCGCUGGACAGAGAGGCCCCGCCAUCGAGGGAUAUCUCUUGGAGCUGGACGAUGGCUGCGCCGGGGAGUUCAGGGAGGUGUACUGUGGCCGCGAGACGAUUUGCACGGUAGACGGGCUACACUUCAACUCGCUCUACAACGCCAGGGUGCGGGCCUUUAACAGCGCCGGUGAGGGCGAAUACUCGGAGCUGAUCGGCCUUCAGACCGCCGAGGUGGCGUGGUUUUCGUGGGCCACCGGCGCAGCUGGCAUACCGCAGGAGGUGUCCAUAUCCGAGGACGCGAUGAGCGCAUCCUGCGAGGGUUACGAACACCGCGUGGUCCUCUCGAGCGUGGGCUUCUCGCGAGGCGUACACUAUUGGGAGCUGACCAUAGAUCGAUACCACAGUGACACCGAUCCGGCCUUUGGAAUCGCUCGGGCCGACGUGUCGCGUGAUCAGAUGCUGGGUAAGGACGACAAAGGCUGGAGCAUGUACAUAGAUCGUCAGCGGUCGUGGUUCAUGCACGGCGGUGGUCAUGCACAGCGUACGGAGGGUGGCGUUCAGCAGGGUUCGACUGUCGGUGUCCUCCUCGACCUGGACACCACGCAUACGCUACGCUUCUUCGUCAACGACCAGCCGCAGGGCGGUAUCGCCUUCCGCGAUCUCUAUGGCGUCUUUUAUCCGGCGAUCAGUCUGAAUCGCGGCGUAACCGUAACCCUUCAUACUGCUCUCGACGUGCCGCGUCAUCUCCUUGCACUUCACGAGGAGUAUAUUAGCGAUAUGAUUCAGAGCUAGGGGUACCUUAACGUCCUCAAGAAAGGUCUGCCACAGGAGAUCGGCUCACCUUUAGGCCCAACGAUGUACGUCACAGACAGGUGCAGAGACUUUGAGUCGGGUCAAUUGCUGGAGAAGAUUAUCGAGGAGAGCCCGGUUGACGUUAACUAAUCGGUAGAUCUUUUGAAGAUAAAUUUAGAGGGAUCGUAGUCCGUUUUCUAUGAAUCUACUUGGCACAAAGCAUUAGGAAAAAACGU